GGCAAAACCACCUUGCAGGUAGUCUGCCCACUCUCUCCACUGUAUUUAUGACCUCGAGUGACACCGCCGUCUCCGGUAUCCCCCCCUCACUGACAUCGCACUCACACUUGCAAUGACCCAGAGCAAGACUUGGAAGAACGUCGCGGCAGAGAAACAAGCGGCCCGCGCUGCGGCCAUCCCUGCCGACUGGGUGAUCAAGCCGACCGAUGCCCUAAACGUAAUGGACAUUCCCGCGACGUGCGGCGUGCUCUCCCCACAAGAGGUCGAGAUCACUGAGACCCCUGCCUCAGAGCUAGUCAAGCGGCUCUUGUCGCGCGAGCUGUCCUCCGAAUCCGUCGUCACUGCAUUCUGCAAGCGCGCCGCGAUCGCACAGCAGCUCACAAACUGCCUGACAGAGAUCUGGUUCGACGCGGCCAUUGCUGAGGCGCGCGCCAUCGACGCAGAGUACGCCCGCACAGGUACGCCGCGGGGCUCGCUGCAUGGCCUCCCCGUCAGCCUCAAGGACAACGUCAACGUCAAGGGGCACGACACGACGAUCGGAUAUAUCGCCUACUGCGGGCAGCCGGCGGCCGCCGACGCCGUGCUGGCGCAGGCAUUUCGCGCCGCCGGCGCCGUCCUUUUCUGCAAGACCAACGUGCCGACCGCCAUGCUCAUGGCUGAGACGUACAACAACGUGUGGGGGUACACACCGAACCCAUACAACACGGCAUACGGCGCGGGCGGCUCGAGCGGCGGUGAAGGCGCGUUGCUCGCGCUGCGCGGCUCGCCGCUCGGCACAGGCACCGACAUCGGCGGGUCCAUCCGCAUCCCAUGCGCCGUUAACGGCGUGUAUGGCCUCAAGGCGGCCGCGGGCCGCUUCCCGCUGAUGGGCGGGCGGCCCGGGCUGCCGGGCCAGGAGGCGAUCAAGUCCGUCAUCGGUCCGAUGGCGCCUGACCUCGACGGCCUCGAGAUGUGGAGCAAGGCAGUGCUGGACGCGAAGCCGUGGGAGGUCGACCCCGCCGUCUUCAAGCUGCCGUGGCGCGACGUCGCGGUGCCCACCAAGCUGUGCUUCGGCAUGAUCAUGGACGACGGCGCGAUCGCGCCCACGCCCGCCAUCACGCGUGUGCUGAAAGAGACGCGCGCGGCGCUCGAGGCCGCGGGCCACACGGUCGUCGAGUGGCAGCCCUACGAUGUCCCGCGCGCGCUCGACCUCUUCAUGGCGCUGAUCAAGGGGGACGGCGGCGUCACGAUCGCGGACACGAUCGCGGGCGCCAUCCCCGAACCCUUCCCCGCUGGGCUGGCACACUUCGACGCGGCGGCCGCCGCGGCACGCGCAAACCCGCCCACUGUGAAGGACCUGUGGAAGACUCAGGCGGAACGGCAAGCGUAUCUCGCGGAAUUCGUUGCGCACUGGCACGCGUCGCGCCACCUCACCGGCACAGGGCGGGCGUUCGACGGGGUCAUCGCUCCCGUCGCGCCUUACCCCGCUGCAAAGCGGUACGAGUUCCCGAUCCGCGAGGGCACAUAUACGUUUGUGUGGAACCUCGCGGACCAGACGAGCCUCGUGUUUCCGGCCGGGAGGGUGGAGCGGGGCGAUGUGGGCGAAAUUGGGCGCGCGUACCGCAGCGAGGACGAGAAAAGCGCGUGGGAGAAGUACGACGUACAGGGCCUCGAGGGCAUGCCGGUUGGUCUGCAGCUCGUUGUGCCGCGGCACGAGGAGGAGCUCGCCAUCAAGCUUGGGGCAGUGGUUGUGGAGGCGAUUGAGAAUAAGUAA